AUGAUAGGGGGUCUGGGGGCUAAACCAUAUGAUGAGGUGUUGAGGGGCAUCCUCUUGGUGUACGACAUCACCAAUCGCUGGUCUUUUGAUGGAAUAGACCGAUGGAUCAAGGAGAUCGAUGAGGUCAGCCACCUUACAAUUAAACUUUUCUCCCUUUUCCCCCCCUCUCUUUCAGUCUUCAGCCUCCAAGACCUCUGUUGUCGGGCCAUCGUUUCCUGCACGCCGGUCCACCUGAUCGAUAAGCUACCGCUUCCCGUCACCAUCAAGAGCCACCUCAAAUCCUUCUCCAUGGCCAACGGCAUGAACGCUGUGAUGAUGCACGGGCGCUCGUACUCCCUGGCGAGCAGCGGAGGGGGCAGCAGCAGCAAGGGCAACAGCCUGAAGCGCUCCAAGUCCAUCCGCCCGCCACAGAGCCCGCCGCAGAACUGCUCGCGGAACAACUGCAAGAUCUCUUAGCGGGGAGGAAGUGCCCCCCCCCCGGGGACAGGUGGGGGAGGGCUGUCUCCUCCAAGCGCAUGCACCUGCUCGCCGAUGUACAGAUGUCGACACCGCACGUCACCCAUUCCUCGGUCGCCCGCGUCAGCCACGGGUUUGCAAAAGAAGCGGCUCAGUGUGGCGGGAGCCCAGGCGCGAGGAAGGGCAAGGGCGCACCACGCUAGCUUUCCCAGAAUGCAAUA